AUGCCUGCUGUGCCUAAGACGACUCCCACUUCUCGGAAAUAUGCUGCUGCUAAAAAGUCUGCCGCUGCUAAACAGUCUGCCUCCGCUCCCAAGAACCGCUUCCCCCCUGGCUCUCUUGAUCGCUCCCUGUCAGAUCAUCGUGAUCCCCUGCCCUCAGCUGACGAGCAUGCAGAUUUACUACGGAUGGGGAGAUCUGCUCCAGCCGUAUCUAAUCUAGAGGACGCGGCUGAAAACACUGCCACCACUACUACCCGAUCUCCAGCAAAUGACAACCAGCCAAUACCCGCAUCUCAACCUGCACCUCUGAACGACUUCAAUAAUCCCCCUCAGAAGAAAAGAAAGAGGGCCUUAUAG